UUAAAGAUGAGAGACCGCAAGUGAACUUAUUUGUUUGCUCACUCCAGUAGUCGAUGAGUCAUUCAGUGCGUUCUGUGCUUUGCUCAGGUGCGGUGCAAAAACGAGCCGAGGAAAACAACAACAGCUGCGACACGUCGGUGGGGAGAUGGGUUCGGGAUCCGAGUGGCCCGGCGUACACGGCCGCGACGUGCCCGACGCUGCCGGCCUCCAAGAACUGCCACAAGUACGGCAAGGAUCCCGGCCACCUCUACUGGCGGUGGCGCCCCGACGGCGGCUGCGACGACCUGCCGCGCUCCUCGCCGGCGCGCUUCCUCGCCGCCGUCCGCGGCAAGCGCCUCGCCUUCAUCGGCGACUCGCUGGCGCGCAACCACAUGGAGUCCCUCCUCUGCCUCCUCUCCCAGGCGGAGGCGCCGACGAAGGUGUCCGCCGACGACGACGGUGUCCGGGAGUGGCGCUUCCCCGCGCACGGGUUCACGCUCAUGGCGAUCACGACGCGGUUCCUGGCGCGCGCCGAGGAGGUGCUCGGCGGCGACGGGAGGCCGACGGCGUCGUUCGACGUGCACCUCGACGCGCCGGACCCCGUCUGGGCGAGCCGCCGCCUGCGGGAGCUCGACUACGCCGUCUUCUCCACCGGCAACUGGUUCUUCCGCGUCAACUACUUCUCCGAGGGCGGUCGCCGCGUCGCUUGCAGCGGCUGCAGCGGCGACGCCGACGCCGGCGAGCUCGCCGACUUCGGCGUCGCGCACGCCGUCCGCCGCGUCGUCAGGGCGGCGCUCGAGGCCACCGCCCGGUGCGGCGACGGCGACUGCAAGCGCGGCCUCGUCGCGUUCGUGCGGACCUACACGCCGAGCCACUUCGAGCACGGCUCGUGGUUCGACGGCGGCUACUGCAAUCGGACGCGGCCACUGGAGGAAGACGAGGCGCCGAGCUGGGACCAGUCCAUCGGGUGGGAUGUGAGGAGAGCCCAUAUCGAGGAGGUGACGUCGGCGAGGAAGACGACGCCGGCGACGACGACGAGGUUCGAGGUGCUCGACGUGACGAAGGCGAUGAUGCUGCGCGCCGACGGCCACCCGGGGCGGCACUACGACAAGAGGUCGGCCGGCGGCGGCGCCAACGACUGCCUGCACUGGUGCAUCCCGGGGCCCAUCGACAUGUGGAACGACGUGCUCCUCCACAAGAUCGCCGAGACCGCCUCGCCGCCGGCGACGAAUCUCCGGUGAUGUCGGCGGUGAUUUGGUGACAAAUUUAGCAACAAUUGAUGCAAAAAUAAGUAGCGGAAAUUGAGUGGUCGUGAUGUAGUACUGUUGAGUGUAAGUUAAUUACCCGCGCUUUCUAUUGGAGAUGAACCAACCACCCACAACAUCACCUCCAUAAGGGACAAAUGUUUUCUAUCACUCAAGAAAAUAUCUACUCGUUUCCCAUCUAUCUAUCUAUCUAUUAUCUAUCUAUCUAUCUAUCUAUCUAUCUUCUAUUAUAUACUAAAAGUCCAUGAAACUUCCUAAAAAUACUCUCAAACCGCCACGUGGCUUCCUCAAAACCCUCCUAAAUCGCCACGUGGCAUUAUAUUAAAUAGACAAAAUUCCAACCAUUGAUUUUCACUUAAAAUAGGUGGACCCAUUAUUUUGAGCCAUUAAAUUUAAGCUAAUCCGUAUCCUCUCAUCUCCGAACACCGCGUACCUCCUCCCCGCAUGCAAGGCGUAGAUAGCUAGGUACGCAUCCACUCCUCUCCAUCUCCCCUUUUUUCUCCAAGGUUGUUAAGAUACAAAGCAUAAUUUAUUACAAUAAGUUAGAUAGAGGUAUGGAGCCUGCAGGAGCUCGCUGUGCACCAUGCAUGCUACCUAAAUUAUAGGAGUGAUCACAGUGAUACACUUGAACUACACAUUCAGUUUAUUAUACACUUGAACUACUGUUUUUUAAUCAAAUCAACGGUUUAAGACUCAUAUUAGUUAGCUAUAUUUUGGUGGUAAAGAAUUAUUACAUGUUGGGCUUUUUCAAUUUAUCACAUGCACGUAUCAUUUUCAUGAGUCCUCCCCAAAAUUGAAGGAAACCCUAAAAAUUUUCUUCAAUAUCAAGUCUAAUUUUUUAUUCAAAUCGGUGGAUCAAUUAUGAUACAAUAAGGCAAUAGUAACUAAUUAACUACAUACGUACUCUCUCAUCCUCCUCUCCUCUCUCAUUCAAUUAUUCAUUCUUCUAAUUUUUAACUAAUUAGCAACUUAAUAUAAAAACAAAAAAAAAUUAGAAAGCUAAAUGAUUAUAAUUCUUAAGUUAUAUCUGGUUUUUAAGUUCAACAAUAUAAAAGUAAAAUAUAUUACUUCACAAAUAUAAAUAUAUUUAGUAAAAUUAAGAUCUAUAUAUGAUAAAUAUCCACUCAAUGUUCUUUAAAACAUCUUCUAAAUAAUUCAAGAUCCAUAUUACCCAUAUUUCACUAUAAAUAAUACGUCAUUUGUAGACACCUAUGCGUGUCAACCAAAUAAAAAAAAUCAAACAAACUAUAUCACCUUAAAUCAUCGUACAUUCUCAAUAGAGCACUUACAUGUCACGUGUUACGUCUUAAAUUUAAAAAUAAAAUCUUAGAAAUUAUAGAAAAACACAUUUGACCACUGGUUAUGAAUUAAAUAUGUAUAUCCAUUAUUUUAAACCAUUAGAUCUAUUUUUUUAAAAAAAUCUUAAGCCGCUAGGGGUUACAUUUUAAUAAUUAAAAAAAUAUUAUUCAAAAUUUUAGGAACAAAACAAUAAAUCAUCGGUUUUCAUUUAAAUCAU